AUGGAAGAAGAUUCAACGUUACAAAAGACCGAAGAUACAUCAAUGGCAGAGGUGCACAAAACUGAAGAUUCACCUAUGUUGGAAAAAAAUGAAGAUUCGUCUAUAGUAGAAGUUCACCAAACCGAAGAGGAGAUAAACAAAAGUGAAGAAUCAUCUAUGUUAGAAGUCGGCAAAACCGAAGAAUCAUCUACGGCGGAAGUCAUCAAAGCCGAAGAAUCAUCUAUGGUAGAAGUUCACAAAACCAAAGAAGAUUUAACAAUGGAUGAAAUAAACAAAACCGAAGAAUCAUCUAUGGCGGAAGACAACAAAGCCGAAGAAUCAUCUAUGGUGGAAGACAACAAAACCGAGGAAUCAUCUAUGGCGGAAGACAACAAAACCGAAGAAUCAUCUAUGGCGGAAGUCAGCAAAGUCGAAGAAUCAUCUAUGGCGGAAGACAACAAAGCCGAAGAAUCAUCUAUGGCGGAAAUCAACAAAACCGAAGAAUCAUCUAUGGCGGAAGUCAACAAAGCCGAAGAAUCGUCUAUGGCGGAAGUCAUCGAAACCGAAGAACCAUCUAUGGCGGAAGUCAUCGAAACCGAAGAAUUAUCUAUGGCGGAAGUCAUCAAAACCGAAGAAUCAUCUAUGGCGGAAGUCAUCAAAACCGAAGAAUCAUCUAUUGCGGAGGUCAUCAAAAUCGAGGAAGAUUCGAAAAUUGUAGAAAUACAAGAUUCAGAAGUCCACAAAGCUGAGGAUUCGACUAUGGCAGAAUUCCAAAAAACCGAAGAAUCUUCUAUGGCGGAAAUCAACAAAACCGAAGAAUCUUCUAUGGCAGAAAUCAACAAAACCGAAGAAUCUUCUAUGGCAGAAGUCAUCAAAACCGAAGAAUCUUCUAUGGCGGAAGUCAUCAAAACCGAAGAAUCUUCUAUGGCGGAAGUUCACAAAACCAAAGAAGAUUUAACAAUGGAAGAAAUAAACAAAACCGAAGAACUAUUCAUGGUAGAAGUCCACAAAGCCGAAGCCCACAAAACUGACGAUUCAACUACGGUAGAUGUUCAUAAAAUCGAAGAUUCAUCUAUGUUAGAGGUUCACAAAACCGAGGAAGAUUCGACAAUUGUAGAAAUACACAAAACAGAAGAUCAAUUAAUGGAUAAUUCCAUGGUCGUCAUAGACUACUCUAAUGUACCACCGCCUUCUUCACUUACCUCAGCUACAGGGCCAGUUGAAUUUAGUGAUGCAAUGGCGAAAGUAAAGGCUAUCGCAGCCAAUUAUAUCUCACAUGGUCCAAGAGAUGGUCGAGAUGAUUAUCGGGAUGACUAUCGUAGAGAUUCUUACAAUAGACGAGAGCGAGGAAGUCGUUAUGAAGAUUACGGAAGGGAUUCAAAAAGAACAGCUUAUGAUGGUGGUUCAUCUCGCCCAGAGCACGAUAAUAGUAAUAAUAGGCACCGUUAUGGUCUAGGAAGUGAAGAUCGACGUUCAUACCAUGGCUCGCAUUACGGGCCACUCGGAGAUUCGUCUCGUAUUUCAACUCAAGAAGAAUUUAAAGUACCCAAUGCAGUUGUAGGCUUGGUUAUUGGUCGAGGGGGAGAAAAUUUGAAACGAAUUGAAAAACAGACAGGGGCACGAAUUCAAUUUUCACAGGAUCAGCCGCCAGAUGUUAUAGAAAGGCGAGUAACUAUUACCGGCACGCCAGAUGAUGUUAAGAAUGCCAAAGGGAUGAUUCAACAACUUGUCGAAGAUGCUAUCAACGGCAAUACACUCAAUCGUCGCGAUUUACAAGGUGGAGGUAAUCGUUCAACUAUCACAAUCCACAUUCCAAGUAGUAAGGUAGGAGUCGUUAUCGGCAGAGGUGGCGAAACCAUUCGAGACUUGCAGGAUCGAAGUGGUGCACGAAUCAACGUAACACCGGAUAGCGCAGCUAGUCCACAAUCUAACGACCGUUCAGUAACUUUAAUUGGAGAUGAAGCUGCAGUUCAAAGGGCCAAAGCUCUAAUUGAUGAAAUUGUAAAUACGGGUGAUUCUGAACCUAAUAGAGGUUAUCCUAAAGAUUACCGCUCAAACAGCUAUGGUGGAAGCACAUAUAGUAAUGAUAGUCACGGUAGUAACUAUGGAAACAGUGGUGGUCAUUACGGGCCAUAUGGCGGACAUCCCACAGGAAAAUCCAAUCAGGAUAGUAUUACUAUCCAAGUUCCAAAUGAUUCUGUUGGAUUGAUCAUAGGAAAGGGAGGGGAAACGGUAAGAGCACUUCAACAACAGUCAGGGGCAAAAAUACAAAUUGAACCUGUUCAUGGUGUUCCGCCUGUAGAGCGCAACGUACAAAUUAUCGGUUCUGCUGAAAAUAUUACUGUCGCGAAACAAUUGAUUCUUGAAAAAGCUGCAUCUGGAAAUCGCGAAAGGCCAUCACGUCAUGGUGACCAAAAUAGGGGAUAUGGAAACAGGGAUUAUGGAUCAAGUGGAUACCAGCAAAAUUCGUAUCAACAAAAUAGUUAUCAACAAAAUAACUAUCAACAAAGCGGAUAUCAACAAGGAAACUAUCAAAGCGGUUAUCAACAGAACACCGGCUAUCAGCAAGGCAGCAUUAAUUCGGGUAAUACUGGAG